ACCCGGCGUUGGAAUAGAUGACACAUUACAGCCUGUGAUUUGUGGGACAGAGAUUGACUAGGCCUUACGCGUUACCCACUUACCUUCACUAAUACAGAACCAUGUCUCAGAACGUCACUCUCAGCGAUAUCGUCGCCGCUAAAAACCGGAUUCAGCCAUACAUCCGGAGAACGCCCUUAGAUUUCUCUCCAUUUCUGACAAAACUGAACGAAAAUGGCCCAAAUGUUUUCCUAAAGAUGGAGAGCGAGCAGUUUUCCGGCUCCUUCAAAGUUCGGGGCGCUUACAACAAGUUGUGUGUUCUGUCAGAGAGUGACCCAGAGUUGAAGAGCAAAGGGGCAGUGGCAGCGUCGUCAGGCAACCACGCCCUAGGAUGUACGAUAGCGAUGAAGAGGUUAGGAAUCCCUAUUCAGGUGUUUACACCAGAGAACGUCAGUCUGGCCAAGAAGAAGAUGUUAGAAGCUUACGAUGCUAAUCUGGUUCUUCAUGGGUUAGACGUGGUGGACACAGAGCACGAGGCCCGCAGGCUCUCUGAGGAGAAGGGAAUUCCCUUCAUCUCACCAUACAAUGACGUCGAUGUUGUGGCCGGGUUGGGGACAAUUGGAAUGGAAAUUUACGAGGACUUGUCAGAAAUUGACGCCGUCUUGGUAUCUGUAGGGGGAGGAGGUUUAAUCAGUGGAAUAGCCUCCUACCUAAAGGCCGUAAACCCAAAUGUAAAGGUGUUUGGCUGUCAACCGGAGUUGACAAAGGUGAUGUAUGAAAGUGUGAAAGCCGGGAAGAUCGUGUUUGAGGAGUCAGGGGACACUUUGUCGGACGGCACCAAGGGAGGCAUCGAGGACGAUUCGGUGACCUUUGAACUGUGCCGUAAACACGUAGACGAUUGGUUGUUGGUUACUGAAGAGCAGAUUUCAGAAGCCGUUUAUUUCAUGCUGGACAAACAUCACAAGGUGGUAGAGGGCGCUGCAGGAGCGGCCGUGGCGGCGUACACAAACAACCUAGCCUUGUUCUCCCGAUUCUCUAACGUUGCCAUAGUUAUAUGUGGCGCCAACAUGACGAGUGACCACCUUCACAAGAUCAUGCUCAAAUAUGGGAGUAAGGACAAGCCCAUGGAGUAA